AUGUGGGCACUUCGAAGAGCUUCGCUUCAGCUCAAAAAUCGAGGAUUAAGUUCAAGAACCAUCCGGAUUUCAUGUGCAAAGCCAGAGAUAGAAAGAUUUUACUCGGAAAAUCACAGUGAGAGAAACAUCCGGGUCCGGCCUUCAAAAACACUAACACCCACACUGUUAAAUCAUGAAAAUUCAUAUUACACCUCAUCUAGUUCUACAAACCCACCCAUGAAAAUUCACGCUUUUUGCUCGGGGACUGAGGCCAAGAGCAAGGACCAAGAAGAUGACUCGGAAGAAGAUGCCUUUUCCGAACUCGAGAGCCCCUCUCAGAAAGCACCUUCUUUGGAAGAAAGCGAUGAUGACUUGUUGUCCGAGUUGGACCUCUCAGAAGGCGGAACCAUCGAUGAUGAUGAUAUGCCGAACGAGCUAGAGAUAUAUGAAUCAGAGACCAAUGCCACUGGGAAGAUUAAAUCGAGCCGGAAGAUUCCUAAUUCGGCAAUGGCUGAGGCUAUAAUAGCAUCCCCUCAUUUGCCCAUUCACGAGGCUGUGGAGAAAUGGAUCAAAGAAGGAAAUGAGGUGACCCAGGACCAAAUAUCGUUAACCAUGGGCUGUUUCCGUAAGAGCCGAAUGUUCAAGAAAGCCUUGCAGUUUUCAGAGUGGCUGGAGUCCACGGGCCGCUUCAUCCCCAGCGUGAGGAACUACGCAUCCCGUGUCGACCUAAUAGCCAAAGUGCGUGGCGUUCACAAGGCAGAAGAGUACAUCCAAUACGUGCCCGACUCCUACAGGGGCGAAAGCGUAUAUUGCACCCUCCUUGCCAACUUUGUGGCUGCCCGCGAUGUGAAGAAGUCCGAAGACCUCUUCCACAAGAUGAAAAAUCUAUUCCCCCUCACGCCCUUCUCGUGCAACCUGCUACUCCUCCUCUACCAGAGGGUCAACAAGAAUAACAUUACCCAAGUGCUAACAGUAAUGGAAAACGAAAACGUGAAGCCGAACCAUUUCACUUACCACAUACUGAUCGACACCAAGGGCCAGCUGGGCGACAUCCCGGGCAUGGAGCAAGUGGCUGAGUUGAUGAAAAAAUCAUCUGAUAGGCCGCGUGGGCCCCACUUGAAGACCCAGCUGACCCUGGCCCGCCACUACGCGUCUAACAAGCUCCCGGACAAAUCGGAGGCUAUACUGAAGGAAAUCGAGGGGGGAGAUCUCAUAAAAAACCGCUGGACUGCCAGGUUUCUGCUCCCGGCCUACGGGCUCCUCGGGAAGGCGGAUGAGGUCCGUAGGGUCUGGCGGGUCUGUGGGCCCGACCCAUUUUUCGCAGAGUCUCUGGCGGCAAUUUAUGCCUUUGGUCUGGUCGGGCUUGUCGAGGAGGCUGAGGGGGCUUUUCGUAAAUUGGAGGAGGGAAUGAAAAAGCCCUCCUUGAAGCAUUUUAUUGCGUUGUUGAAAGUGUACACGGACCAUAAAAUGGUGGACAAGGGAAAAGAUUUAGUCGAGAGGAUGGCUGAGAGUAAGUGCUAUGUUGGGCCUCGCACGUGGGAUGCGCUCGUGAGACUGUACGUGGGGUCCAGUGAGGUCGAGAGGGCCGACUCGAUUUUGGAGAAGGCCGGCAGGCUGAGGAAAAAGCAGAAGAAGCCAUUGCCGGGAUCCUACCUGGCAGUCCUGGACGUGUAUGCCAGCAGAGGAGAUGUGCCGAAUGCCGAGAAGAUUUUUAGGUGGAUGAAGCAGGCUGGGUACCCGGCUGCAGUGAAGUCGUAUAAGUCGCUUUUGUACGCUUAUAUAAAUGGAAAAGUACCCGCUUAUGGGUUUCACGAGAGAUUGAAAGGGGACAAUGUGGUCCCGAGUAAGGCGUUGAGCAGUCUUGUGGCCCGGUCGGACUUGUUGAGGAAGUCGCCGUUGGAAGAGCUUUUGGAUUAA